AUGAACGCAACGUGGCGGACAUCACUCUUUUAUUCUCUUUGUUUAAUUUACUUUGUGACAGGCGAGGAGAGAGAAAAUCCGUUCACAUCCGUGGUACGGAAGGCCCUGAUCAACACUGCGCGCUCCUGCAUGGUACAUGUGAACGCGACGCAGGAAGAUCUGGAGUAUUUGCGCAAGGAUCCACCUUUUCCUGAGAAAGCAUCGUGCAUCGUCAAAUGUUUGUUGGAGAAGAUAGGCGUUGUGAAAAACAACAAAUAUUCCAAGAGUGGGUUCAUGAUGGUAGUCACGCCGCUCGUCUUCGCCAACAAAAAGAAAUUGGAUCACAUGAAAACUGUAUCGGAAAAUUGCGAGAGCGAGAUCGUUCACAAAGAAUCAUCGCCAUGUGAUGCUGGUAAUGAAGUAACUACUUGCAUAUUCAAAUAUGCACCGGAGCUGCAUUUGAGGGGUUAACUUUGGGUUAAUUAAAAGCCUUAUAACAAGUUUUAAUUACUGAAUAAAUUUAUUAACUGAAUA